CGCGAGGACUGCUCUUGUGCUCCCCAGCUGCUACUCUUCUCGCGUCUUUGCACACCUUGGCUGCAAAAUGUCGUCAAUAGCGGCUGCAUGUGCUCGGUCAGCUCGCGCAGUAUCCGCACUACGUGGUGCGCGGGCUUUCGCUACCGAGACAUUCGCCUCGGGCUCUUCAAGUUCUGCGACCGACUUUCUUCCUGCUCAAGACCGCACCGGCAGCUCAGCGCGACCAAGGCAACAAGCUAAUGUGAGCCAUCACGACGUGAAGUCGAUCUACGUCAGGGCAUGGGACGACAUCAGCACCAUGCCUGAAUUCUUUGCCAUUCUGCGCGGGGUGGAGAGGAGGUUCGGAACCGUGAAGGAGUUUAGGGUUGGUAGGGAUCAUGACGUGACCUCAAAAUACCUCAACUAUUUCAUGUUUGAGUUCGCCGACGACGCCUCCUUCGACCGCAUCCCCGCCGCCGGCACCAACAUCAAGAUCGAGGUCCCCGUCGUCAAAGCCGCGGUCCCGGGGGGUAUCGGCCUCGCCGACCUCGCCGGGCUCCUGGAGCCCCAAGAGCUCGAUCCCGAGCUAGAGGAGAUCAAGCAUGGCAUCUAUGGGCCACCCGUCUCCGUCCUUCCACCUGAAACCUCGGAGGGAACGAAGAGACAGACGAGGAUGGUCGAGGUCAUCGUGCAGCGUGCCAAACGCGACACUGCCGAGUUCCCCCGCAGUCACUCGCUCUACCCGCACCGGCACUUCGGUCCCGCGUUCUACGACUGGGGCGGCUUCUACACCCCUCAACCCGGGUCGGACGAUCGCCCCGUGCCGCCGCUGAUGACUGCUGCGGUGGAGAAGUGGCGCGAAUGGGCGCUCAAGGAUCCUCGGCGGGCGGCGCGCGAACAGGAGGAGGCGCAGAAACAAAGCUCGCUGAGGGUCGCAGACGAGGAGGCGGAGAGGGCAGAGGCGGAAAGGAGGAUGGAAGAGGAUGAGAAGCAUGCUCGGGAGAGGGAGAAGGAGAUCGGGGAGAUGCUGGUGAGGGGUGCAGAGGAGGAGGAGGCGGCUGUGGUGCAACGGAGCUGUCCUUUCGCGGCUGCUAUCCAUAAGGACGCGACGACGACGCGGUUGUCGUCGCGCCGGGAGAAGAUCCUAGAACGUGCGAGGCGCAAUGCGCGGAUCCCUGUGCCGCAGGUGCUCAGGGCGGAGGAAGCGGCGGAGUCAGAGGAGCAGGAAGAGGCAGGGCGGAGGACAGAGGAGGCGAAGGAGGUGGAUGUGACGACGCUGAGGGACCGGCUGAUGAAGCUCAUGGGUGGGAAGUGGUGAAUUCUCGCCUGCGUACGUGCUUAAGGUGAGGGGGCCAUUAGAGGAAGAAAGUAUACUAGUCUCGGUUAAUUACGCUGAAUAGAU